AUGAUUCGUGGUACAAUUGACAGUGGUUCCUUUGUUUGUGGUGUAUUCAUAGAUCUUCAAAAAGCUUCUGAUACGAUAAUAUAUAAAAAACUAGGUUUCAAUAAAGUUAAUUUGCUGGAAUCUUUGUUUAAAGAAGUUUUAUAUGUUUAUAACCUUCAUGAAGAUGACUUCAAUAAAUCAGAGCUUACCAACUUAAAGAAUAAGUUGUCUGUUUUUAAAGCAAAAGUGGGAAAUAAGUUAGAAAAGCAUAAUAGAAACUAUGACAGAUUGAUUUUAAAAGAGGGUGUUUGGCUACAGGAGGAGUUUUUUCCAGAUCUUGUUAAAAGAAUUAAAUCUAAAGAAGGUCCAGGUAGAAAAAAUAAAGUUUGGGAAAAUCUUGGUGAAAGAAGCAAAAGAGCUAAAAUUGCCUAUUUGGCUGAAAACAAUCACGAAGCAUUGGCUUUAGCUUCUUUAAAAAGUGCUGCAACUGAAUCCAACAUUAAUAAAAACAAUUUUAUCUUUUUAGUAAAGAAGGCUUUGGACCCAGAUAAAGCAAAUAAAAUUAGAAAAAACAUGUCUAUGCAUGAACCUGUUAAAAUGAAAGUUGAAGAUGCUCUCAGCCUAAAAAUUUAAUGUGAUCUGUCCGAUGAACAAUAUCAGAUAAUCAGAAAUAGCUCCCUAUUACAAAAUGCAAACAUCCAUCUGUCUCUUCAUAAAAUUUUAACUGAAAAAAAGAAAUGCUAUCCUGAUAAUAUGAUUUUUUCAGAAACAUCUGCAGUUUGCUCCCUUCAAUCUCUUUUUAAUCACACACUGUGUAGAGUCUUGAGUCUAAAUAGUUGCAACAAAAUAUUUUCUGAAUUAUUGGUUAAAGAUAUCAAUCAACAUGGAAUUAUGCAUUUCAAAGGUGGUUUUGAUGGAGCGUCUAGCCAGAGUCUGUAUAAACAAAAAUAUUUAGAUACAACUCUAGAUGAAGUUAUUAAAAAUGAAAAGAGUAUUUUCCAAACAUCUAUUGUGCCUCUUAAACUGACUGUUAAUGAUACAGUAAUCUGGUACAACAAAAAACCAUCUAGUACAUAUUUCUGCAGACCAGUAUGUUUGCAGUACAAGAAGGAAACAAAUGUGCUAAUUAAAGAAGAAGAAGAACAAUUACGAAUUGAAAUUCAGAAACUUGAACCAUUUGUAGUAAGUUUAGAAUCAAAACCGACUGAGUCAUCUAUGACAGCAAUUAUAAAGUAUAAUUUGGAUUUGACUAUGUUUGAUGGUAAGGUUAUUAAUGCACUGACAAGUACUACCUCUUCUCAAAGCUGUAAAGUAUGUUCAGCAAAGCCAACAGAGAUGAAUGACAUUAAAUUGAUUAGA